AAGUACUUGAAUGUCCUUGAUUGGGUGUUCGGUGUGCCUCUUCCCCCUGCGAAACCACUCCUCGCAAGAAAAAAUGAAGAGCUUGCUUACAGAAGGGACCAACUCAUGUAUAAUUCAAAUGAUGAAUUAUUCUUUUUCAAAAUUGUACACAAUAGAUGUCACAAACAAAUAAUUUAACUUUGU